AAAUCGGAGAAGGGGGAGAGAGAAAAAACAAGGCGCCUGGAUCGGGCCCCUGGUUUACUUAAACCGGAGAGCAUCGGAGUUCUUUCCUCGCCCUGGAAAGAGGCUUUGGCCGCGGGCUGCUGUGCCUUUAAGAGCCGCCCAUCGCGAAGACAGCUCCGGACUGGGAGCUUUUAAGCGGCUUUGCAAAAAGCCAGGCGGGCGCUCUCGCUUUCUCCGGCGCCCCGGCUGGAUUUGCACCAGCAGCAGCCGCCAGAGAUGAAUGAGCGACUCAUCUGGCCGUGACGUGACGGGAGUUGCCAUUCGCGUGGAAUUGUUUUGCACGGUUUGGAGAGGCAGCAUCAGCAAGGUGUUGCUGUUGCUUCAAAGGAAAGAGGCGGAGCUAGGAGAAGUCCUUCUUAAUCCAAACAUCCUGGCCAGAACCAUGCCAUAGAGCUCAAGGUCUCUCCAAGCACAUCAGCCAGAAGUGGGAGCUGCCAAUAGAUGUGUGAGCAGGUAGGACGCCUAAGGAAGACUUAGAGCUGGUGGGACCAUGCCACACCACCGAGGCUGUCUCCGGUUACUGGCUGCUUUCUGCCUCACCUUCCUCUUCCUCACGUUCACUGCCUCUUACAAGCCUGUCAUCGUCGUCCAUGGCCUGUUUGACAGCCCUUCUGACUUCCAGCUCCUGCUUAAUUUCAUCAAUGAGACUCAUCCAGGAACCAACGUUUCAGUUGUGGAUUUGUUUGACCGGACGGAAAGCUUGAAAUCUCUAUGGAUGCAAGUGGAGGGGUUCCGGCAAGCAAUUUACCCCAUUAUGCAGAAUGCUGUUGACGGGGUCCACCUUUACUGCUACUCACAAGGAGGACUCAUUUGUCGUGCUCUGCUCUCUACGAUGCCCGACCACAAUGUGGACACAUUCAUCUCUCUCUCCUCCCCGCAAAUGGGGCAAUAUGGGGAUACCAAGUACUUGAAGUGGCUCUUUCCACACUACAUGAAGUCCAACCUCUACCGCAUCUGCUACACACAGCUGGGUCAAGAUGUCUCCAUCUGUAACUACUGGAAUGACCCACAUCAUCGAGAUCUUUACCUCAACAAUAGCAAUUUUUUGGCCGUGUUGAAUGAUGAGAGACUUCACCCCAAUGCAAGUGCGUGGAAGAGAAACCUUUUGCGUAUCCGCAAGCUGAUUCUGAUCGGAGGCCCAGAUGACGGGGUCAUCAUGCCCUGGGAAUCCAGUAUGUUUGCCUUCUACGAUGUUAACGAGGUAGUGAGGGAGAUGACAUCUCAACCGGUCUACCUCCUCGACACAUUUGGCUUGAAGACUCUGGAUGCACGUGGCGACAUUGUUUUCUGCAAAAUGGCCAAUGUUUCUCACAUGAACUGGCACUCGAACCGCACCGUCUAUGACACUUGCAUCGCCAAAUGGCUGACGUAGCUGGCCAAGCCUGGGAAGAGGAAGAGGAAGAAAGAAAGAGGAAGAGAGAGAGGGAGAGAGAGCGCAACUUGGCAUUUCUCCUCCCACAGUGAAAACAAUUCAUCUGCCUGUAGCUUUUCUAGGAAUGGAUUUCUUUUUCCACAGCAGAAGAACUUUUUCCCCUGCAAGACUUUGGUGGAAGCUAGUAGCAAAUUUGGGUGUUCUAAGAUGCUGCGUGAAAGGCCUCAGAUGAACUGGAGCCUUAGUCCUUUGUUGUGGCUAAGCUGCAAGACAAAACAAACAGACAAAAAAGAAGACCUCAAAUGGAUUACAGUUACGUUUAAUCAAACAUACCCAAAAGUCAUAUUUUCUAGUAGCCAGCCUAUGGCAGAAACACAGUAACUGUGAAAACUGGAGGUAUUUACCCUUUUUAGGUUUCGACUCUGGUGUUUAGCGUCAUACGAUCUCCAGUUUGGAAAUGUUUUAGUUGCGUAGAUUAUAUUUUUUCAUAUUAUAAUAAUGCAACAGCUACCCAAGACUGGGUUUAAGAGAGACGAGCCCAAUGUUUGUGAGAACAAAUUCGGGGUGGGUGGGUGGGUUAUCUUACUAUUUAUCCCCUCAGUUAAUUUAAGUUUUGUGCUCCAAUUAUUGCUUUGACUUUCACCAGAGGGGGAAGAAAAGUAAAGGUGUAAACUUUGAUCCAGAAUCCAGUUCCACGCACUAAAGAAAACACCAAUGGAACCCCAGAAAACCCGAAUAACUCAAGAGUUCCAGCAGAAAGCUGAUAUUUGUGUCUCUGUGUGUGUUUCUUUACAUAAUCAAGCUGGAAAUUGCUCAAGGAUCCCUGCCUCCAGUUAUACAUCAAAAUCAAUAUUAUAAAUUAUCAAUUGACUUUGGGAGGGCAGAGUGCAUCGGUGUAGUAUUUCCUCUCUCCUUAGAAGCACAACCUCAGGAUGGCAACAGAAAGCCAAUUUAGAUAAAAAUGUUCAUGAUCUUGAUUUUAUUUUUUAAAAAAAUGUGUAUUUAAGAGUGACUAGCCGUUUUUAAGAGACCAGAACUUCCAAUAAGGUGACCUUUCUCUCUCCCUGUUUCUAGAGCAGAGGCCUCACAGCUUUGCGUGCAAACAGUAUUAAAACUCUUACAUUUUUA